AUGGGAAAAACCAUACCCACUCUCAGGCUGAACAAUGGGGUCCAUAUCCCGGCAUUGGGAUUCGGGACUUACAGUAAUGAGGUUGUGAAAGGAGAGACACACGAUGCUGUGAUUACGGCUCUUGAUGCCGGAUAUCGACAUAUUGAUUGCGCUUGGUUUUAUCAGAAUGAAGGUGAAGUUGGGUCUGGGCUUCGAGAAUGGCUCUCGAGGAAUCCAAACGUGAAGAGGGAGGACAUCUUCAUCACCACCAAAGUCUGGCAACAUCUCCUUGAGCCUGAAGACGUCGAAUGGAGUUUGAAUGACUCUCUGAAGAAUCUGGGUUUGGAUUACAUUGAUGCCUUUUUAAUCCAUUGGCCGUUUGCAGUAGAGAGAACUGAAGGCCAUCAAGUAAAACUCAGUCCCGAUGGUAAAUACAUUCUCAAAAAGCCCCUCACAAACAACCUAGAGCCUACCUGGAGAGCAAUGGAGAAAGCCUUUAGAGCCGGAAAAGCGAGAUCAAUAGGCGUCUCAAACUGGACCAUACCGCAACUCGAGCACCUCCUCAAGUACGCAGACAUGACUCCAGCGAUCAACCAAGUAGAAAUCCAUCCUUUCUUCCCCAACGCAGAACUCAUCAACUUCUGCACCUCUCACAGCAUUCUCCCCGUGGCUUAUUCUCCUCUCGGGAAGAUGAGUAGCCUAAGUAUAGCCACGAACGCCGGAUUCCUUGCGUUGGCGGAGAAGAAAAUGGCGACGGUGGCUCAGAUAUUGAUUGCGUGGGGUAUCAAGAGAGGAUAUGCUGUUAUACCUAAGAGCGCGAACGCAGGCCGGGUCAAGAGUAACUUUGAGUUGGUCGAACUAAGUGAUGAAGAGUUUGAGGCUGUGAACAAGGUGACAGAGGGAAAGCAUGAGCGAUUUGUGAAUCCGGUAGAGAUUUUUGGUUUCGAACCUUUCCCAGCAGAAGAAUCCAAAUAG